CGCCAAUUACCUUGUUGGAAGGCAUGUCCACCUGGAUUGGCACCGUGUACUGGCGAAGCACCUUGACCCAAAUCGAGUAAAGUUGGAACUUAACUUCCUAAAGCGAUGCGUUCACAGCUGAUGCGGCCUUCCGGCCAUAGCCAUAUAGGACAUAGAACAGUAGCCUCAAAGAUCUUGCAAGGUGGAUGCAGACCACUAGCAUGCUCAAUUACGCGGCGGCGACCUUCGCUAGCUGGGCUAGUACGCGCUUCACCCGAAACGGAGGAGGCUCGAUCGCCUUUGGAUGCUCCGCAAGAGUGGGAGGUUCCUAUGCCUAGCAAGCGGCCGGAUAUUUUUCCAGAGUUUGAGAAGCCGGAGCGUGUCUUCCUGCCCAAGCCCCUGCCGGGCGACCCUGAGAUGCCCGAUGAGGAGUUGGAGGAAAGCGCCAAGCGCACCACUCCAGGCGAUCCAGAUCCGGAGCAGAAGCCCGGAGAGCCUCCAGAGGAGCCAGAGAAGCCGCAGGAGCCAGGGCAGCCUGAGCCCGAGCGCAAGACGGACAUCCCAAGCAUCCCGGAGUAAACUUGCCAGUGGUGCAGCUGCAGCGGCGGAUGUGGCAUAGCAUAGGAUAGCUGGGCCUAACAUCGAUUGGGAAACGCCAAAGUGAACUUCACAGGCAGCGGUGCAUCAGUUGCCCGCGUGCCGUGGCUACAGAUACGGUUGGCAAAGUUGGCUGGGAAGCAGCCCUGUACUUCUCACGGCUUGGCGGCCUUAGGGGGCUGGUCUUGACUUCGCGUGUCACGUAGGGGCCCCGGAGGAGGCACAGACCAUGAGGGUUAGGGUCCUCCUUCCUGUCCUGGGCGCUGCUGGGCUAUAGUGCGCCACGAGCAAGUGUAACGGGGGUGCAGCGUUAGAUGUGUCUUGUGUGCAUGCAGCUUUUCGGCCAGCUGGUAUGAGCCAUGCCACAUGUCCCUGUCGACGGGGAAGUGCAAAUUGUGUGCUGGCUAACCAAAAGCUGCGCUGCGCCCUGGUUUUGCACGGGUUCAUGGUGCCCUUCAGGGGCUGCUUGGUCACCCUUGGAUACACUCCUGGCCGUCACACACACACGCACUGAGGGGCGGCACGCAAUACGUAUGAUAGCCACAGGGGGAUGACACCUAGGGAUGUGCAGCGCUGAGCAGUGCGCGUUGCACAGGUGAGAUAGGCACGCGCAUAGUUGAUGUGUGUGGGCAAGGCGCUUAGGAGGCAAUGGCCUCGUAUGCGGUGACUGCGGCUGUUGCAGCUGGCCGUGAAUGCUAGGCUCGCUGUUCACAGCUGUGUGCUUUGGACGAAGGUCAGGUCUGGGGUCAGGUCUGUACCUGUUUGACUGUGGCCGGAUGUGUACGUGCGAGCGUGGUCCGCACUUGUCUGCUUGUGGUGCCUUCAGCGUUUCGUACAUGUACUAAAAAACGAGGAGCUUAUGUUUAUGCAGUUAGGAGUGUGUGUCCCUGAUUACGUGUGAUCAGGUUGCGAUAGGACUUGAUUAGGUUAUGGCAGUGUGUGACGUGUCGCGUAUUAUCUGUUGUUGGGUGCUCCUUGCCGCUGCCGGUUUGGCGUCGUUUCUCCACUGUUCUUGUGCGGGACAGGCUUAUAGACAUGAGGCAAGGGAGCUGAAGCUCAUAGGGACGUUGCGGCGGUUCUUGGGAAGGACCGCCCCAGGUUGGCUAUUCAGUUUUACACAGACGUGCCGUAACACCGUGCCCGAAUACGGCAUGAAGGCUUGCGUUGCCGUGUUUAAGUCGGGAGGGAGGGACGCUCUCCAGUGUCGUACAAUCGUGAACAUAAGCGCCCAGUUGUUCAUGGUACGUUUGAAACCCCAGUCAAGCACCCGGAGUAAGGUACUUCUCGUACUGGAUGUAAGGGUUGGUGUCGGCACAUUAAGAAGGGCGGCAAGGAGAGCGUCUAGAUAGGCGGC